AUGGGGGCGGCCGAGCCGCUGCGCUCGGUGCUGUGGGUGAAGCGGCAGCGCUGCGCCGUGAGCCUGGACCCCGCGCGGGCGCUGCUCCGCUGGUGGCCCAGCCCGGGGCCCGGAGCCAGCGUCCCCGGCGCGGGCGCCUGCUCCGUGCCCGUGUCCGAGAUCAUCACCGUCGAGGAAACAGACAGUCGCGGCAAACACUACAGCGGCGGGAAAUGGCAGAAAAUGGAAACGCCCUUUGCUUUCACAGUGCACUGUGUGAAGAGAGCCCGGCGCCACCGCUGGAAGUGUGCACAGGUGACUUUCUGCGGGGCCGACGAGCAGCUGUGCCACCUGUGGAUGCAGACGUUGCGGGAGCAGCUGGACAAGCUGACAUGUCGACCCAAGCACUUGCUGGUGUUCAUCAACCCGUUCGGAGGGAAGGGGCGAGGCCAGCGGAUUUACGAGCGGAAAGUGGCGCCGCUGUUCGCCCUGGCCGCCAUCUCCACCGAGGUCAUCGUCACUGAGCGGGCCAACCACGCCAAGGAGGCUCUGUACGAGAUGGACGUGGAUCACUACGACGGGGUCGUCUGUGUCGGCGGGGACGGCAUGUUCAGCGAGGUCUUGCACGGGCUGAUCGGCAGGACGCAGAGGGUCGCCGGCGUGGACCAGAACGAGCCCCGCGCGGCCCUGGUGCCCAGCCAGCUGCGCAUCGGCAUCAUCCCCGCAGGGUCAACGGACUGUGUGUGUUACUCAACGGUCGGCGCCAACGAUGCGGAGACGUCAGCUCUGCACAUUGUCGUGGGGGACUCGCUGCCCAUGGACGUGUCCUCGGUGCACCACAAGGGGGCGCUGCUGCGGUACUCGGUGUCCCUGCUGGGCUACGGUUUCUACGGGGACAUCAUCAAGGACAGCGAGAAGAAGCGCUGGAUGGGUCUCAUCCGAUACGACUUUUCAGGUCUGAAGACCUUCCUGUCCCAUCACUGCUACGAAGGCACGGUGUCCUUCCUCCCGGCCCAGCACACGGUGGGCUCUCCGCGGGACGGGAAGCCCUGCCGGGCCGGGUGCUUUGUCUGCAGGCAGAGCAGGCAGCAGCUGGAGGAGGAGCAGAAGCGGUCGCUGUACGGCCUGGAGAGCUCGGAGGAGGUGGAGGAGUGGAAGGUCGUCUGCGGGAAGUUCCUGGCCAUCAACGCCACGAACAUGUCCUGUGCGUGUCCCCGGAGCCCCAGGGGCCUGUCCCCGGCCGCCCACUUGGGAGACGGGUCUUCCGACCUCAUCCUCAUCCGGAAGUGCUCCAGGUUCAACUUCCUGCGGUUCCUCGUCCGGCACACCAACCACUGCGACCAGUUCGACUUCACUUUUGUUGAAGUUUACCGCGUCAAGAAGUUCCAGUUUGUGUCGACGCACGCGGAGGACGAGGACGGGGACCUGGGCGAGCGGGGGAAGAAGGGGCUGGGCCAGAUCUGCAGCCAGCACCCCCCGUGCUGCUGUGCGGCCUCCAACAGCUCCUGGAACUGCGACGGGGAGGUUCUCAGCAGCUCCGCCAUUGAGGUCAGGGUCCACUGCCAGCUCGUCCGGCUCUUCGCCCGAGGGAUCGAGGAGGAGCCCCGCGGCUGAGCCCCUCCGCCCGCCCGCCUUCUCGCUGUGCUUGGAAGCGUGAAAAUUAAGAAAAUGCUACAGACCAAUUAUGUGGAUACAUACAUUUAAAUUUAGAAAUUUAUUUUUGAUAGUUAAAUCUUGGUUUUAGAGACAGUUCCUUCUGUCAACAACUUUGUGAACACAUCGGGCAUUUUCAGUUCUACGUGACCCUUUGGUUGCGUGUCACAUAACUUAUUCUCAGCAGACAUUGACUGUGGAUUUGGGGCGCUGGCCUCUUAGAUUUUAACGGCGGGGACGGCGCAGACAGUGGAAGAGGAGGCCCCCCGGCCGUGUCACAGCCUCCGGCCACUGACCGGCCCUGCCAGACUUGUCUGGUUGUUCACGGCCGAGUCCUGGGAAGUAGGGGCUCUCGGCCCGCGUGUUACUGUCAUCUGAGCUCAUGCUUGGGGUGCUGUCCCAGGUCCUCCUGCUGUGCGCCCGCCACUUCAGCGAGAGCCCGAGAAGCAGGGACACACUCCCGACAGCCUUGCUUGCGCCCCCGUAGUAGCGACCUGACAAUCCAGCGGCAGCCCUGGGCCCCACAAGCAGGCAGCGGGCGGGGUGAUGGCCAAAGGUGCCCCAGCGGGAGUCCUCGCCUGGGCUCCGCGGGCAGACGGACUGGGCAGCGCGCAGUGGGCAAGACGCUCGCUCUGCAUUGCCAGCUUCAGACCCUCCCCGGGGCUGGGGGCGGGGGUCUACAUUCCAGGGGUUCGUUUGGUGCCGGCCUCCAGUCGACACACAGUCCAGAUUUGUUCUUUUAUCUUCGCGUUUAUUUCUACAUAUUUAUUGACAGUUUUGUCCUGUUAGACCUGACUCGCAACGAGGUGUCCUCAUGGUUAGUGCUCCCGUUUGCUGCGGGCUGCCGCCUGGACAGACUCCAAGGCCCGGUCCGGUCCCGCCUGCGCCGUGGCCUGCAGCCUGUUCUCGGCUUGGGGACCCCGGAGGUGCAGAGGAGGUUUGCUUUGCGACAGGAACGCCGGCCGUCCCCGGGGCCGCCCUGUCCGCCGUCCCAGCGCCCGGCCCCCUCCCCCUCGGUCCAGCCAUCUCAGCCCUGAGCAGACAGCUGAGCAGACAGCGUGUUUAGAAGCCGCGUGCAGGUGUGUGUGUUGAAGUCCACCUGAAGCCUGUGCCGUCACUCAGCCCCACCGGCGACAGCUGCGCCACCGCGGCCUCUCGGCCUUUUCCUCUGUGCACGAGGCACGGCCGUCAUUCAGGAGAUCGUGGGAGUCAGAUGGCUGAGUGGUUGUGAGCGGAUGAAGUCUGGGUGUAAAGUGGCCAUUUCUGUUGUUUGCUCCUGGCUGGGAGGAAACCAAAGGGGUGGGGCGGGCAGCUCCGUGCGGGCAGUGCCCUCGGGCUCAGUGCCCGGGCAGCGCUCCUGAGAGUCUCCCCAGCGGGACCGGGUCCGCCCUGAAAUCCACCACUGGUUCUGGAAACGGCCCAGGCCAGAGAGGGAGCGUGCGUGGGCGGCAGGAGACCCCGCCACGCCUCGGGGCCCAGAUGGCCUUGGCAGUGCUCACCGCCUGCACGCCGACCUGCCCGUGGCAAACCUUGGAACUCGGGGGGUGGCGAGACUGAACCCCCGAGAGCUCCCUGAUCAUCUGUGCACAGGACGGAAGUACCUUUCGGACAUCCGCGCAGACCUGACGUCCGCCGAAACUCCAGGUGGAUCACCCACACCCUGCACCUUGGGAUUUAACGGGGGAAAAAUCAGAACUGGUGGUAGGUAGUGUCAGCAAGAGCACUUGAAGGGCUGGCCUGUGGCUCGGCCUUCCGGCCGCGGGGGGCACUGUGACCGUCCUUCCUGCAACCUUGUGUCGCUGGGAGGGGGCUGGGAAGGCGGCUUCAUUUCCUCUCUGGUCUUGCAGGUUUCAAGAUUAGAAAAUGGUCAUUUACUCUGAUAUGUUUGAGAAGACAAAAAUAAAGUUACUUUGGGCAGAAUUUGGCUGCUAAAUAAACAGUAAGAAUGAAUGAUGAGA